AUGGUGGAAACAGGAUUGAGAUUUGAGAGACUGAGAGCACUGUUCACUGGGUGCUGCAUAGUUGUCCCUAUUUUAGUGACCAUCACUUGGCUACACUAUUCCUCAAUUUCUUACAUUCUUGUGCAAUUUCCCAACAUCAACAUCUUAUCUGCAAAAUCCCACAACUUUACUGCCAUUAUCUCCAAGGAAGAAGACAUAGCCAUUGGAAUGAAAGACCAGAGUACUACUCCACAACCAGGUCAAAAGUAUGAAUCACAUGGUUACACAGAAGAUUAUUCAUCCAGUGAUGAUGAGAACAAUGAACUGCUUGAUGGACUAUUGGUUUCGACAUUUGAUAGAGGAUCAUGCUUAAGCAGACAUGAAUCUCACUUAUACCGCAAAGCUUCCCCUCACAAGCCCUCCCAACAUCUGAAAUCCAAGCUUCGUCACUAUGAACAGCUUCACAGAAGCUGUGCAGCUUGCUUCUCCUUCAUCAGAAAUCACUCCAAAUCUAAUUCUAGCAACAACCAUGCUUCUGCUACCAACUGCAAAUGCCUUAUCUGGACAGCCGUGGAUGGCUUAGGAAACAGAAUGUUAAGCUUAGUUUCCGCAUUUCUUUAUGCCCUUCUCACUGACAGAGUUCUUCUUGUCAAAUUUGAAUCUAACAUGGAUGGUCUCUUCUGUGAGCCAUUUCCAAAUUCAUCAUGGUUAUUACCUAGGGAUUGCUCUCAUAAGGAAUUGUCCGAUCUUUCUGUUCUCCAUCUUGAUAGAAACCAGAGAAUUCACACAGCGGAAAACAUAAAACUAUCUAUUGAAAAAAUAAUGAGUCCAUACAUCUGCAGUGUUACAAGCACAACCUAA